AUGGCUUGCACGCCGGCCGAUUUUUGCCUCAUUUAUUUGCUUAUUAUUGUCUCUUUUUCCUCAGCAGCACGACUGAAUGUACCUAAAGUACUGUUACCGUACUACAGUAGUGUUGCCUCGAACUUCACAUUAGAAGUUAAGCCAUCAGAUCGGUGUUACACAUGGACUUCUUCUCGACCAGAUGUUGCCACCAUUUCCCCUGUCAGCCCUGACAGUGCUGGCUGUGCCACCCAGGCAGUGGUCACAGCUGUCUCCAAGACAUCCAAUAAAAUGACCUCUAUCGUCCUCGCUGAAGACCAUGUGACAGGUCAGGUGUUGCGAUGUGACAUCAUCGUCGAUGCCAUCAACUCCAUUGAGAUUGAAACAACCACCCGGGAGUUGUACUUGGAAGAUUCGCCUGAGGAAUUUGAAGUGACUGGGAAAGACAGCGAGGGUAACACCUUCAGUGUGAUGGACGGGAUCGCGUUUGAAUGGAGCCUGAUCUCUGAUACUGAUGUGGACCAGGAUACCAUCGUUGAUGCUCACAACAUUCUGAGAAUAAUAUCAUUCAGUGAGUCGUCUUAUAAAACUCCACCCCAUAUUGAGCGUAUGGAGAAACAAGGUCUUCAGGGAAGCCACAUCCUUGUGAAUGGAAUCAGAACAGGGACGGCUAAAGUGGCAGUCAAAAUGAAAGAUCCCGCUUAUAAGAAUGUCAAACCUUACGUGGUUCGUUUGAUAGUUAUUGCGAACAUCAUGUUGAAUCCUGGGAUUGUGUACAUCCUAACUGGAGCCCAGGUUACUUAUCUUGUCCAGCUCAUUGGACAAACUACUACCUCAGAAAUUCCGAUGCCGUCGGAUCAGUAUUAUCUCCAGGUCGAGGAAGAGAAGAUCUGUCGCCUAGAUGCCAAGACGUCAACCGUGACAGCCUUAGCCAGAGGAACAACCAACAUUGUGCUCAAAGAUAAAAAUAUCAAAAUCAAGGAAGCAUUCCGCCAACCAUCUGCAGGAAUCCAUGUUGUGGCGCCUGGUUACCUGGGCUUUCAGGUUCUUCCUGGCCGCAAGUGGGUCCUGGAGGUUUCCAGGGUCUAUGAGAUUUAUAUUGAAAUCUAUGACAAGGACAGUCAUAAGAUAUUCCCAUCAGAGAACAUCAGAGUGUUAGCCACCUUCCCAAAGAAAUACUUCAAUGUUCAGUACUCAUCUCCAAAUGGCACCUAUCAUAUUGUUGAUACGUUAUACCAGGGCCAUACCCAGCUGACUGGUAUACUAAGAGGAGUUAUGGACGGAGACAAACUUUUAGAAAUCACGCCAGUCAUCAAGAAUCUACAAGACGUUGAGAUCUAUGACCCUAUCAAGGUCAUUCCUCCUCUACUCGUGUUUCCUUGGGAUCCUGUCUCCAAGCAACAGUACACGUACCCCCUCAGGGCAACAGGAGGCAGUGGAAACUAUACAUGGACAUCGACUAAGUCAGAAGUGGCUACUGUUAAUGUCAAGGGUGAAAUCGCCACAAAAGAUAUUGGGACUUCGGAGGUGACCGCUAGUGAUAUGAAAAAUACUGAUAUCAAAGGAUCUAUGAGGGUACGUGUAGUUCCACCUGUCGAGUUAAUGUUCCUCCCCUCGGUCGUUGAAGCUGAGAUCACGACUCAUCUCGAUCUACCUCUGGCGGCGUACGCUUACUUGAAGAAUCCUGGGAAGCAUCAGUUGGCCGAUUGUACGCUGUUGCCCUUCCAAGUGUCACUCAAGGAUGAGAAAGUGUUUGAAUACAUCAAAGUUUUGCCACCGAGUGUUGAAGGGAGUUGUGCUACGAUUCGCGUCAAGGCCUUACAGCUUGGCAACACUGAGGUUCACAUCGUGUAUCAGACCAAGAAGCUCCGCCUUGAUGCGUCGGUCACUAUCGCUGCUCAUCUCCCUUUGAGGACGAUUGAUCCAGAGAACGUAGCUGUUGUGACUGUUGGUUCAUCGAAGGAGUUGGUCCUGGAGGGAGGUCCUCGUCCCUGGGUCCUCGAUCCUGCCAGAUAUUUCCAAGAUCUUGGCAUUGAAGACAAAAAUGUUGUGCGCACGACUCACAACCCAUCUUUUGGAUUACACAAUAAUCUCCACUUGUUUCGUGUGUUGUGUAUUCAACUUGGGGAACAGGUGUUCACUGUGAGUGUUGGCAACCAACCCACAUCAAAGAACAAGUUUCCCGUGACUGCAUCUGCGAAGAUUCGGUUUGCUUGUGCCAAACCAGUCAGCCUGCACCUCCAGCCAGUCAUCAACUACCCAGUGGAGCUACCCCCUUGUCCGAUAUCUUUGGACUCGAACCAGCCAAUUCCAGUCCAUAGCUACGAGAACUUGGAAAUCCUAGUCGUCGUCACAGACAGCAACGGAAGAAAGUUCGAUAAUUUCACCUCACUUGCUUUUGAUUGGUUGGUGUCGAACACGAAUGUUGCUGGCCUAGAGCAUGAUGGGAUAGCGACUGAGACGACGACGUUACAAACUGGACGAAAACUGGUUAAAAGUUACCAGACACUACUCCUUCAAGGAAAGACCGCCUCCCUGACGGUGACUGCCACCAUCAAGAAAUAUCAGCGCCGAUACUUCACCACCCAACAGAUCAAUUUCCCAGAAGAAAUCUCCCCGCGCAUCUCCAAAUCACUGGUGCUUCUCCUCGUUGACGAUGCCAUCUUGGAUCCCUCCGUUGUGCACAUCUUCAAUCAUCCAUCGAGCAAGUUCAACAUGGACGUCCGCCAUGGCUCGGGAUUCUUCCAUCUCGAACAUGGCGGUGCCAAGGUGGCCAAGACCAAGUAUAACGAGAAAACAAGGAAGAUUCAGGUUUUACCCGUCGAUGAGGGUCACAUGUCUGUGGUCGUUCAUGAUCUCUGCCUUGCGUCUGAUAAACCCGCCACGGCGCAUAUCCAUAUCUCUGGCGUCGACUCAAUCAACCUGCGGGUCCUCGAUAAGGUGGAGAUCAGGAAGGAGAUUAUCGCAUCCGUCCAAGUUCUCGAUAAGACGGGCAACCCGCUCCUGGCCAAGUACUUCCAGCUGAUGAACCUCACUCCUCACACCGGCUCGGAUAUCAUCACUGUAAGACCGUACGAGGGCAAGGAAACCGAUGCCUACACAGCUGUGUUCAUUGUGCACGGCAUGUCGCUGGGGACGACAACUCUGACCUUCACAGCCACCUCAAAGGACGACGGCCUCUCCCAGAUGACCAGUCAACCUAAAGAUAUCCAAGUCUUCCCCCCGCUGCGACUCAACCCAAGGAACAUCACUCUCAUUAUCGGAGCGUUAUUUCAGGUGACGAGCUAUGGUGGCCCCCAACCGCAGUCGACCGUGGAAUAUUCCAUAGCAGACGUCGACAUUGCCUCCAUCUCCAGCAGUGGCCUCAUUGAAGCUCUCAAACUUGGUGACACCAAGGUUGUUGGCAAGGCGAUAGGAUAUGAUCCAGAGACAGGGAAGAAUGAAGUAUAUUCACAGGACGAGGUGACAGUCUAUGUUGUCAUCCUGACCGGGAUCAGAAUCCACGCUCCACUCACACGGCUUCAGGCGGGAAAUAGGAUGCCGGUCUACGCUAUGGGAACAAACGAACACGUGACACCGUUCGCAUUCGGUAGUGCCAUCCCACCUUUGACCUUGACCUGGUCCAUCAAUAACAAGGAAGUCGCUGACCUAAAGAAUGUCUACUACAUGAGCGGCAUCACCGUGCCAAGAGCAAGCAAUUUUGCAAUGAGGCUGCAUACCAAGCGGGAAGGUCACGUCUCCAUCAGACUCACUGCUGUCGUCCAUCCUGAUAGUCGGUUACAGAUUGCAAACAACGUCAAGCUGACUGAUGAAGUCCAAAUACAGGUGUUUGAGAAGUUGACGUUGGUGAGUCCUGACGUCUGCGACGGUCAACUCAUCAUCACACCCAACACAGACACCGUCGUCAAGACGAACCGCGACAGUACAGCAAGGAUGAGAUACCGCAUUCUGGAACAGCAUACAAACGGCCGAUCACAGACGGUCAUCAAAGUCCACGAGGGAGGACAUCUGAGUUCUGGAUCAUACAGCGGCCAGGCGACUUUAGAGAUCAUGUCGCUGGAGGACUUUGGUGUCAACCAGACUAUGGUUGUUUUGGUGAAGGUGAAACCAGUCUCAUACAUGAUGUUGAACGUUGACACAGUGAUUAGGACUAGUGGUACGAAGCUUGCUGUCAUCCCCGUAGGGACGGUGCUACACCUCUCAGUCAGCUACCACGACGAUGUGGGGGCGAUGUUCCAUCGUACAAACACCAGGCUCAAAUAUAGGCCAAAUAGGUUCGAUCUGCUACAAGUUUCCUCCGGCAAGGAUAAUGGAACACUCGUAGCCAGAGCCACUGAACCGGGUCAGACGGUUUUGAGGUUGCCAGCAUCUCAAAUUCCGCAAACCAUAUUCCAGGUGUGGGAUGCUGCCAACCCUAUAAUCUCCGACUUCAUCAAUGUAGAGGUCGGAUAUGCCAUCACACCGUCGAAGGAGUCGGUUAUCGUCGGAGAUAUAGUCUGCUUCACAAGCCCACUCAUUUCAAGUGAAGGUCAUCCGGGACACUGGCGAUCUACUGGGGACAUUGUCCAUAUCGACAGGGACACAGGAAUUGCUGUUGCAGGAGGUGUUGGCCGAGGACUGAUUAUGUACAAUGUGUCAAGUACUGUUCUAACUUAUACUGAGCUACAAGUCAGCCCCAUCACACGAGUCACACUCCAAUCCAGUGGAAUCAAAUAUCUCAGCAACUUGCCAAGCCGUUCCGGAGUUUAUGACAUCCCGGUAAUGUUGCAUGAUGGGAGUUCUGCCACAAGUAACGUGCGCGGAAACAACUGCAGUGAGAUCCUCGCUGACAAUAAAUACCAUGUGGGUGUUCCGCCAUUCGUGUGUGAGGUAUCGAUGUCGAGAAACAAUGCUGAUAUCACUCCCUAUGAUCUGUUCCGACCGAGCGCAGUGUUUGAUGCAAAAACAGGUAAAUACCUGUGCAGGCUCGCCCAGCAAACGAACCGAGACAUCGGCCAACAAGUGAGCACCCUGGAGACGGUGAUCAGAGUACGGGCUGUCGUGCCGCAGAAAGACCAGCAGGGCCAAGUCACGUCGACGCCACUCGAAUUUGAUUUCUUUCCCUCGUUCUAUCCGUACACCAACGAGCUCUUACUGAGUAACCUCCUGUCUCUAGCUAGUGUCAGGAUAUCAGCCACUGGCCGGAUUAAGGAUGAUAUUAAGGUGAUCUCAAGUGACCCCUCUGUUAUAGAAGUGUUGGCCCCAGAGCACGACAGCCAAUCAGAACACAUCAUUCAUUAUCCUGUCCGUCUGCUCGUGAGGAGUGGCCAGUCGUGUCCAGUUGAUCGUCAGGAUUUGUUUAUUGAAGUCGUGUCGCCAUUGACAAGUCAGAAACACACCAUUCCAGUCAAGCUAAAGGUUGUCGGACAACCAACAGGGCCUCAAUCAGUGCCUACCCCUCCGAGGAUUGAGCACGCUCAUGAGAAGAAGGGUUGGAUAAUACUCCUGGCUGAUCUCAUCGAGGACUACAUUGGCAUCAUCAUUGCUAUUAUUGUGAUAGCCAUUGUAUUCGCCUUAUUCCAGUUCCGAGGGAAAAGGGAGAGUUACAGUUCUGCGAGUCCGCAACAUUUUGCUCCGCAGACUCCUGGGCCUGGGACCCCAGUUUAUUUUACGAACACACCUCCUGGCUAUGGUAUGCAUGCUUCACCACAUUCCCGCCAUCUUUGGAGUUCCCCACCUGAGUAUCCUGAUAGGAGUAUGACGUUUGAGAAGAGAACACCAAAUCGAUCUCCAACCUUCCAGUGAAAAAAACAAAUGCUGAUAGGAAUCAAAAAAUUAAGUUGUAUUGUCAUGGAUGACUACGUAUUGCAAUAUUGACGUUUGUCGUUGGUAUCAUCAAGGUCAUGUCUUGUGCCGACUUCAACAAUAUGCACAAUUGAAACUAAGUCUUUUAUGUCCAAUUUGCAUUUUUCCUAAGAUGUCUGGGCUAUGAAGUUCAGUUGUGGCUCAUUGAGCGUCAUGACUGAACAGCAUAUCAAGGUUGUAUGUAACUUACAUCAAAGCCUUGGAGGUCGAGAUGCCACGCAGAGAAAAUUGGAGUUGGGGAAGAGAUGACAUUUUUUCUUCAGUUAACCUACUGUAAUCCAGUAAUCUUCUGAACGUGUAUUCCAUGACAACCUGUUAAAGGAUGUUCAAGAUUUCCAAAGAUGUGUUUAUCUGUACACUUGCAGCAGUCAGAGUUCUUUUAUGAUGUCUUUUGUGGAAUUAUAUUUGAACAUUUUGUCCCACCGAAAAAAGUGGGACACGCACUUAUAUGUACCCAUCUUUGUCUGAUGAAAGAUCUCUGUUUUUUAUUGAAUAUGUUUUGUACGAGUAUAAUUGACAAUUAUGUAUUUAUUUUCCCCUGAUGAUACAAGGGGAAUGUGUGUUGACAGACUCUGGUACUGAGGCACAAUUGAAGAUCCUUACCCAGGGAUCUUGUUUGAAACAGCUCUAAAAACUGCCCCAUCGCUGGUGGUUGUUUUGGAGUGCGAGCUGCUUUGUUGACCAAGUUGCUAUACACUUUGUACACUGUAGAAUGUUUGUCAGUGUUGCAGGUUACAAGAGCAAAUGAAGACUUCAUUAUUCUUGGUGCUAACCAUAUGUGCUGUAGUGUAAACUGUGGCGUUUUUAAGGCCUAGAUUUUGUGGCGAAUUGCUUGCUUUCAACUUGCAGUGGACAAACUUCCGAUUGAAAUGUUCCCAAUUGACAGUGCAUUCGGGAGAAAAAAAUGCUCGCAGAAAUUUCACAGUCCACAGCCUGUUUCUUUAUGCUCAAGGUAGAUAAUGAAAGUCAUACCACACUGUGUUCAUGAUCCGAAUUUCUUCAUAUACAUGUAUGUAUUUUACUCCUAGGUUCCAAGUGGAAGGUAUACAUGAUAUUGUAAAUAUACCUUCGAGGACAUGUUGUUAUUCAAGUUUUCAUUGACACAACACACUUCUUGUAUGGGAACGAGUUUACAAUCUCCGAUCACACCCCAAAAAAAGGUCAUUGGUUGACUAACGAAGCACCACUGUUCAAUGGAUUUAUAGUUGAAUGCAAUCAUACUACGUCAUUUCCGAUCGGGGAUUGUAAAUUUUAACCCAUGUAUGAAGUAGGGUUCUUGUUUGCACCUUUUGAAAACUGUUAGUGUAUACUGGAAAAGUUUUGUACAGAUUAACAACUUUUGAUUAUGAAUUAGACACUGUGUGGAACUGAGAGGAAAUGAUAUGUUUGAUAACAAUUAUACAAGUAAAUCGUGAUUCCCUAGGCUACAAAACUUCCCCAGUAGAGAUUUAAAAUGCUGUGAAAGGGAUAUUGUUGAGUGUAUCAAUUCGAACAAAGUUUUGUGGAGUCGCACUACCAUUCCAUUUCACAAUUUGCUUAACUUUAAAUUACUUGCAACUAUUUAGCAUUUGAUAUUUUUCCAAAAGGAUACUUUCUUUAUUUCUCUUUUAUAAAUGUUGCAUAAUUCAAAAUUGACCAAAGUUGACCAUGGCAACAAUAACAAGCAGGUUAAGAAAUCACGUUUUUUUUCAACGGAACAUAUUUUGU